UCCUCUCCCCCUUAUCCUCUCUCUCUCUCUCUCUCUUGAGAAAGAGAAACAAGCAAACAAGUCAUUCAUUCGUUCAUCAAUCUCCCAUCUCAAAGGAAUAGCAGGCUAUGCUCCACAAAACGAAACACACAAACAACAGAAGCCAAUUUGCUAGCUAUAGCCCACUUACACAUCCUACUUGCGGGUCAUCUCUUUCACAAGCACACAAAGUGCCACCCCCACCCCCACUACUCCUCCCCCCAGUCCCUACUACUCCCGCUAAAUACCUUCUACAACUAUACAACAACGCCUAAUUACUAAUUACUAAUUAAAUUAAUAGAUCUAAUUAUAUUUAUUUUUCAGCAACAAAACCUCACUUGGAUCGGUUCUUUUUUCUUAGAGACUAGGAAGAGAAAAAACGGUUACAGUGUUAGCGAAUUGAAGAAACUUGGGUUGUAUGAUCAGAACUCAAAAGCAGAAAGUAAAGUAGAUCAUGGAAUUGGAAGCUGAUCAUAAUCACCAUCACCAUCACCAUCAAAACGGAAUCAGAACCAGACCUAAUUUCCCUCUUCAGCUGUUGGAGAAGACUAAAGACGUCGAAGACUCAGUCGCGGAACAGCCAUGCUCCACCGCCGCCGAACAACCCGGUGACGGAGCAGGCACCGCCGUCACUUUACAGGACCAGCAACAGAAUACCAUCAAGAAGCCGCCGCCAAAGCGGACCUCCACCAAGGACCGGCACACCAAGGUGGACGGCCGCGGCCGCCGGAUCCGGAUGCCGGCGGCCUGCGCCGCUCGCGUGUUCCAGUUAACGCGGGAGUUAGGGCACAAAUCAGAUGGCGAGACCAUCGAGUGGCUACUACAGCAAGCGGAGCCGGCGGUGAUCGCCGCAACUGGCACCGGCACCAUCCCCGCCAACUUCACCUCGCUCAACAUCUCGCUUCGGAGUUCCGGGUCUACCGUUUCGGCGCCGUCACACUACUUCAGAGGAAGCUACUUCAAUCCUAGCACGUUCUCUUCGGCCGCCGUUGCGGCAGCUGUCGGCGGCGGAGCUGGCGAUAAUUGGGAGCGUAGCAUGGGCAUGAAUAUGAACAUGAACAUGAAUAUGAACAUAACAACGAUGGAAGAUUCUAGAAGGUUGUUGUUUCCAGGUUCAUCGGAGAAUUGUUCUAAUUCCAUGGGAUUGAACUUCAACCCUAGCACCGUGAAUGCCGUUCUCCAAGCAAAGCAAGAACUCCGUGAAGACGGCGCCGCCGCUGCUGGUGGUGGUGGAAAUCUUGAUUUGGAUGGCGGUGAUUGCGACGGAAACAUGGCUAGAAAGAGAAGAAUGGAACAAGAGGUUUCCGUUUCACACCAGAUAGCAGGAAACUACUUGUUACAAUCAAGUACCGCGGGUUCGGUUCCGGCGAGCCACGCUUCGAAUCCCGCAACGUUUUGGAUGGUGACUGGGCACCAAGGCAUGAAUGGUGGUGGCAGCGGCGGCGGUAGUAAUAAUGAUCAAAUUUGGGCAAUUCCGUCACUGGGGAGUGGUGGUGGAGUUUAUAGGGGGGGUAUGCCUGGCGGUGUUGGUGGGAUUCAUUUCAUGAAUUUUGGUUCACCAAUGUCUCUUAUGCCUGGUGGACAACUAGGUUCUGCCAUGGUCGGUGGCGGCAGCGGCGGUGGUGGAGCAAUGCUGAGUGAAAGCAAUAAUUUAGGUAUGCUUGCAGCACUUAAUGCCUAUAGGCAGAUUCCGGCCAAUGGCAGUGGCGUUUCGGAGUCUCCGGCAAGCACCGGAAACCACCAACAUCACGGUGGAGAUGAUGGGCAUGAAACAACAAGUCAACAGCAACAUUCUUGAGGAUCUAAAUAGUUCCACACAUAUGUGUGUAUGAUCUUGAUCAUCAUCAUCCUCAUUAUUAUUCUAGCUUCCUUAAUUUUCCUUUUGUUAUUAUUAAUUAAUUUACUUGCUUCUCUUAAUGGUUUCCAAAAAUAUAUUUUUAAUACAUAUAUAUAAGUUAUGUCGUCCAAUAUUUGCAAGAGAAACAUGCAGGCUCAAGUUUGAUUGCGUUUUAUACAUAUGUUGAGUUUCAAUAUUCAA